GCAACGCGGGGUGGAGAGAGUCCAAACCCUGCCUCCCGCGCCGAGGCGGGGCCAGAACUGGCGGCGGGACCCGCCCGAGGCCCGGGGUGCGAGAAGCACCUGCCGCCCGCCGCCCGCCGCGCGCCGCAGGUAGGCCGGGCCCCGGGGGAGGAGCGCGCCCAGGUGCUCGGCGGGGCCUGCGGGACCCGGGCUGCAUCUUCCGCGCGCGCCCUCGGGGGACCCGGCGGCCGCAGGGACAACCAACGCCGGGGCUGCGGCCCGGGAGCUGCUGCAGCAUAGGCGCCCGGAGCCGCAGGUGGUUUGACAGUUACCAGACUAUGUUUACCCUGCUGGUUCUGCUCAGCCAACUGCCCCCAGCUAGCUUUGCGUUUCCUCAUUGCACAAGAAGUCCCAAGGAGUCCAGGCAUGCGGGAGAAGAAGUCUUCACAGCAAAAGAAGAAGCAAACCUUUUCAUACAUAGACACCUGCUAUAUAAUAGAUUUGAUUUGGAGCUCUUCACGCCCGGUGACCUAGAAAGAGAGUGCGAAGAGGAACUUUGCAAUUAUGAAGAAGCCAGAGAGAUUUUUGUGGAUGAAGAUAAAACGAUGGCAUUCUGGCAGAAAUAUUCCAUCAAAGGACCAACCACAAAAUCAGAUGCCAACAGAGAGAAAAUUGAUGUCAUGGGCCUUCUGACUGGAUUAAUUGCUGCCGGAGUAUUUUUGGUUAUUUUUGGAUUACUUGGUUACUAUCUUUGUAUCACCAAGUGUAACAGGCAACAAUAUCCCAGUUCUUCACCUACCUAUGUAAGAAGGCACACUCCCUCCAUCAUUUUCAGAAGACCUGAGGAGGCUGCCUUGAAUCCAUCACCACUUUCAGUGGAGGACACGGGAUUACCUUCCUAUGAACAGGCAAUGGCACUCACCAGAAAACACAGUGUUUCCCCGCCACCACCAUACCCUGGGCCAGCAAAAGAGUUUAGGGUGUUUAAAAAGUCUAUGUCACUCCCAUCUCACUAGGCCCGCCAUGGUGGUAUGGGAGAUUCGUGUUAUUUGAAUGGUUCAUUUUUCCAUGAACCACAGAGACAUGUCAUUUCAGCCCUUUAUGACAAACUGCAAGGAGUGAAGAAAGAAUAAACACCACAGCAGUUCUGUUGGUAUCUUGGACCUGAACUUGAUCAUUAUCAGCUUGAUAAGAAACUUUACCCUUGCAAUAAAGAAGAGAGCACUUUUUUGUUUAUUUUAAUGGUGCAGAAAAUCUGUGUUACAGAUGCCAUAGCUAGAACUGGUGCACUAUCUUUUGUACAAAUAAAGGUUGCAGAUUUCUCGUGUUGGAUAUAAAACAAGAAUUUCUGAUCAUCAGAUUAUCCAAAGUCAGGAUAGUGAACCCACUCUUUAUUUCUUUUUGGUUGGAAAUACUUCACAAAAUAAGACACUUCAGUAUAAACUGGUGGCCUUAAUAUAAUCACUUGGUUUUACAUUUUAAAUUAUUGCAUAGCAUUCACCACUUUUGUAGGUUUUAGUUGUUAACAAUUACUCAUGUUUUGUUAUGGAGUGGAGUAAGUAAUUUUUAAAAAUCACUUGAUGCAAAAAAAAAAAUCACUUGAUGCAGAGUUAGGUCUUCAGAAGGUACAGUGUUGCAAUGGCAAGGAUUUGGAAGGGUUGUUAUACUAUCAAAUACAUAGUCUUCAAAUCUAGGAGUGACUAGAACUUGAUAAAGUUGCCCAUGCUACUAAUGAGUAGACACAUCCUUUUCAUUGCUAAAUUAUCUAUAUAUAACUACAUGUAAUUCUUUAUUUUGAAACUCUGUUGAUGUUUAUAAAUAAUAGUUCAAGAACCUAGAAAAAAUUAGUUUACUUUUCUGCUAUUAAAAUAAUACUAGGGCAGCCCUGGUGGCGCAGCGGUUUAGUGCCCCCUGCAGCCCGGGUUGUGAUCCUGGAGACUCAGGAUCGAGUCCCACAUCGGGCUUCCUGCAGGGAGCCUGCUUCUCCCUCUGCCUGUGUCUCUGCCUCUCUCUUCGCUCUCUCUGAAUGAAUAAAUAAAUAAAUCUUUUAAAAAAAAAUACUAACUAAAGUUAUCAGCAACCCCUUGUACCUGUUAGCGUCUGGACACAAAACACCAUUAGUAAUAAUUUUAACUUAUACUUUGUCUCUUCUUCUAAUUGUAUAUAUGACCAGUCUUCCUUAACAAUGUAAUAGAAUAUAAGCUAUAAACCUCUGGAGUGAGUAUGUUUGCACACAUUUAUGUGAAUGGGUGUGGAUGUAGAUGUGGAUUUGUUUUCUCUUUGCAGGAACUCAAGAAAUAACAUACGCCUGAGAAAUAAGAGAAAAUUCUGUUCUUUUUGUUUUGCUAGGCAUUAUAUUUUCCUAUUAUUUAAGACCAUUUGUAAAAUUAUAUUUUCUUUUAUAAUUUUUAUGGAAGUGAGACUAAAACCCACACAUAUUUGGUAAUUCUUUCCAAUUAAAUAUUCAGAAAGCAUAAUCAUUACAUGUGUGUUUCUGUCUCUUAAGACAACAUGAUCUUAAGGCAGAUAUAAGCAAGACCUUACUCAUUACAGACUGCCAAACACUUUAUCCUUCUAGAUUUUGGGGUCUCUUCAGUUGCUUGUCACAAAGAAAUUAUCUAGCAACAUUUAGAUAUAAUUAGGGAAAGUGGUCUUUUAAUUUUAUUAUUUUAUUUUUUUAAAGAUUUUUUAAACAUGAGGCUUGAACUCACAACCCGGGAUCAAGAGUCACACAUUCCACUGACUGAGCCAGCCAGGCACCCCAGCAAAAGUAGUCUUUUUAAAGCCACCUAUAGGACCUAUAAAAAUUUUACCACUAUGGGGCUGGCUCAGUAGGUAGCGUAUACAACUCUUGAUCUUGAGGCCAUGAGUUCAAGCCCCACUUUGGGUGUAGAGAUUACUUAAAAAAAAAUUUACCAUUAGUCAUACCUUGAUUUUACAUAUGGACUAUUUUCUCAUAUAACUUUGCACUUUGCCCUUAUUUUCAUUCUCUCCAAAAGGUCAGAGGCAAACCCUACUUUGUUCACUUUGUAGCAAUCAAACUAAGGCAUAGAAGGAUAAUUUGCCCUAAAUCUAACAUAUUGGUGAGAGCUAGGUUUAGAAGGAGCAAACACGAGCACCUGGGUGGCUCAGUGGUUGAGCAUCUGCCUUCAGCUCAGGUUGUGAUCCCAGGGUCCUGGGAUCGAGUCCUGCAUCAGGCUCCCAGUAGGGAGCCUGCUUCUCCCUCUGCCCAUGUCUCUGCCUUUCUCUGUGUGUCUCUCAUGGAUUGAAAAAAAAAGGGGGGGGGAGC